AUGUCCGGGGGUCGACCGAAGCCCGAGAUCCCUGCAUGGCAGCGAGCACCCGUCACACCAGCUACCGAAGAUCCUGUUUCAGCGCAGCCUACAAAAAGUGAAGCUGCUCCGGAAAGCAAAGGAGAGAACGGAGGCAAUCCGGCAUGGCAGCAAAAGCCCACCACGCCUGCGACAGAAGACCCGGUCUAUGCACAGCCAGCCGAAAGCGCCAAGUCAGAGCAGGAUAGCAAAAGCGAGGGAUCAACUACAUGGCAGCAGAAACCGGACACGCCAGCAACUGAGGAUCCAGUGUACGCGCAGCCGGCGACCGAGGCGUCCGUCGAGUCGAGAGAUACCACUAUCGCUGCCAGCAAUACACACAAAGCUGGCGCAUCACAAUCUUUCAAUGCAACAGACGUCCAUAACUUCAGAGCUUCAGAUGUUUCAAAGCAACAGCAAGCACCGCCUCUUCCAAUUACCGCUGCACCGCCUCUUCCAAUUACCGCUGCACCGCCUCCAAUUAUCACCUACCCAGAGUUCCUUGUGAAUGCACACCAGCCUCCGCCACUAAUUACACCAACACGUGUUGUCAACACACUUUACGCUGCAGGGAGCCUGGCUGCGCUCCUCUACGGUGGAGCCAAGUUUCUAGUCGAACCGAUGGUAGCGAGUCUGUCAGAAUCCCGCCAUGAUCUUUACACGCACAGCCAGAGCAAGGUCGACGAUUUCAAUGCCCGACUUUCAAAACUUGUCAGUAAGGUCCCUGAUAUCUCAAAAGAGCAGGAAGGUGGGCGUGCGACAGACACGGACGAUCUCGACAGUGUCACCAGCGAUCCGACAGAGCUUUACCACCGCGACAUGGGUACCCAAACCGAUGUUGUUCCUCCGAGCGCUUCACGCAAGACUACAUCAUCCCCGUCGGACGACUCUGCAGAUUCUCUCGUUGCUCUCGCUAAACUCAGCGCCCUGAGUAACCACCUCAAUUCUCUCCUCGAAUCGACAUCAAAAAAUGCCGAGAGCGCACAAGAGCGCAUCACCUCCGUCCAGAACCUGCGCACUUACCUCGAUACGCUCUGCUAUGCCAGUUCAGGCAUCUCAACGUGGAACACCAAUGGCCAAACCGACAAGGCUGGCACAAAGAACGAGGAUGCAGUGGAUGAACUCAAGCGUGAGAUUAGAAACGUCAAGGGAGUGCUACUCAGUGCAAAAAGGUUCCCAAGUUAUGCUACCACUGGUUACUAUGCAGGAACUGCUAGUGCCGGAAAGUGA